UGCGGGGGGCGCUGCACCAAAAAUAACAAGCUCAUUGCGCGCGCAGGUUUGGACCUCCUGGGUUUCCGUAGUCGUCAAUGACAUUCACUCUUCCACAAGACUUCUGGACGCGUCCAAAAUGUCGCUCAGCUUUUUAUUCAAGAUUUUAACUAAAGAUCUGGCUAAGGUCGGCAGCCAGCACGCGCAAGCUUUUCACACCGGAAGUCAUCUUCUGGCAGUGGACAAGAAUCUCCUCGUCAAACUUCGGAAAAGAUCGGGCUACACUUUUAUCAACUGCAAGAAGGCUUUGGAGAAGUUCCACAACGACAUAACGCAGGCGGAGGCGUGGCUUAACGAGCAGGCCCAGAAGGAAGGAUGGAGCAGGGCCAACAAGCUGGAGGGCCGCAAAGCCAAGGAGGGUCUCAUCGGGCUCUAUGUGCGGGAUAAAGCCGCCGUCAUGGUGGAGGUCAACUGUGAGACGGACUUUGUGGCUCGCAACGACAAGUUCCAGCAGCUGGUGAAGGAUGUGGCCAUCUCCGCCAUGGCUCACCACCAAAAUAAAAGCCCGACAGGAUAUGUCAAGAACGUCAUGGCCGCCGAUCAGCUGAGCAAAGUCAGCGGGACGGAUGGAGCGAGCCUCGCCGACCAGGUGGCUUUAACCAUCGGUCGCCUCGGCGAGAACUUGUCGGUGAAGCGAGCCGUGACGGUGAGCGUCCCCGACGAGUGGCGCAUCGGCUUCUACGUCCACGGCGGCGUGGCGGGCCAGAGCGAGGUGGCCAUGGGACGCUACGCCGCCCUGGUGGUCUUCCAGGGCGGCCAAGAGGAAAGUCUAGGCCGCCAACUGGGACGCCACAUCGUGGGGGAGGCGCCCGCCUCGCUGGGCAACAUGGACGACCUGCCCGGCGGCGAGAGCGAGACGCGCCUUCUGCCGCAGACCUUCUUGGGGGACCCCGACAGGACCGUGGCGCAGGUCCUCAAGGGCCAGCGAGCGCGAGUGCUGGACUUUGUCAGGUUUCAGUGUGGAGAGAGCAUCGGCGAAGAAGCUAAAUUAUGAAAAUGAAACGCCGUAGGAAAUUCAACAUAUGGAUUAAUGAUUAUGUACAGUAUGUCUUCUGGAUGAGAUAACUACUUACGAUCGCAGCCUGAGGAAAUGAACUAUAAUAAAUGUUACGAUGGGAAAA